AUGCCGUCCUACUUGGUGACUGGAGCUAACAGAGGCCUCGGGCUCGCUAUGGUCAAAGAGCUGCUCAAAGACCCGCAAAACCUCGUCGUGGGCACUGCUCGCAAUCCAGGGCAAUGCGAGACGCUUGUUGCAUUGGCCAAAGAACAUCCUAGCGAUCGGUUCGCGACCAUUUCGUUAGACUUAAGCAGCAAGCACACCAUGGAUAAGGCGGCGGAAGUCACGGAGGCCCUGCUACCCGACGGCCUCGACUACCUAGUCAGUAAUGCAGCGGUUUGUCAUCAGAAUGUCACUCCGUUCGACCAGAUCGAUGUGAACGUACUCGAAGAGGAACUUUGCGUGAACGCGGCGGCUCCGUUGUAUCUGCUACAGAAAUUCCUUCCGCUGAUCCGUAGAGGCGCUGAGAAGAAGGUGAUGCUAGUGUCAUCAUGCCUCGGGUCUCUAGAGAUUGCACCUAUGUUCGUUGGGUGCAGUGAUAGCUAUUCUCUCACCAAGGCGGCUCUGAAUAUGCUUGGACGUAAGUGGGGUGCGCUUUUGAAGGAGGAAGGUGUGACCGUUGUCGUCGUCCAUCCAGGUUGGGUUGACACAGACAUGGGUGGACAUGUCGAGGACUGGAUAGCGCAACACGCUCCUAGCACACGGAAGCUGCCACCCGCGGAGUCCGCUGAAGGGUGUCUGAAGAUCUUCCGAGUAGCGAAGCUCGAGAACGCGGUUGAAUACUAUGCCUGGGACGGCACGAAGCUGCCUUGGUAGUGGUAAAAUAAGUACUGGUAGAAUUCUCACUUUUUUUCGAUUCCGCUGUUCACAACACUGGUGGCGAGAACAUGAUACUAUAUCGGUCCGGGAUCUCGGCCAGGACAGGGAACUCGGUCAGUCGAGCGUAGGCAGUGAAGUUCCCAUCCGUUUCGUGUAGUAAGUAUACCAGUCGAUAGCUGUAAUCGAAACAAACAC